AUGGGGCUGUGGCAGUGUGUGUCUGUGUGCGUGUGGCUGGCUGGGUUGGAGAUCAUAGAAACAGCGCCCAGGCCAGAUGGCACCAAGGCCUCAGCCCCAGGAGCAGAAGAAUCCCAGCUCUUCUUAGACAGGACUGACUUCUUUGAUUACCCAGACUCAGAUGAAGCCAGUCUUCUUGCUGUGGCCCAGUUUAUUGGAGAGAGACCCGUGGUCUUUAAGACAGGUUCGGGACCUGGGCUCUUCCAUCACUUCCUGGUGAGCGCCCUGACUGUCGCCUUCUUCUGGCUCCUUUUCCAGCUCUGCACCCACAUGUGA